AUGGUGAAUGGUGGUAAAGGGUCAACGAAAAAAUCGAACCUUGAUCGAUUCCUCCAUUGCACAACACCUGUAGUGCCACCACAAUCUCUCCCCAAGGCGGAGAUUAGAACCCUAAAUCGAUUGUGGCAUCCAUGGGAGAGAGAAAAGGUGGAGUGUUUCAGGCUGAGUGAUUUGUGGGAUUGUUACGAUGAAUGGAGCGCUUAUGGAGCAAGCGUACCUAUUCAUCUAACCAAUGGAGAAUCUCUGGUUCAAUACUAUGUUCCUUAUCUCUCUGCCAUCCAGAUUUUCACCUCUCAUUCCUCCUUGAUCCGAUUAAGGGAAGAGUCUGAAGACGGGGAAUGCGACGGUAGAGAUCCGUUUAGCGAUUCAGGUAGCGAUGAGAGUGUCUCAGAGGAAGGACUUGAGAACAAUGGGAUCUUGCACCCGAAUGAUCGGUUGGGUUACCUUUAUCUCCAAUACUUUGAGGGAUCAGCUCCUUACACCAGAGUGCCUCUCAUGGAUAAGAUCAAUGAAUUAGCUCAAAGAUACCCUGGACUGAUGUCGUUGAGAAGCGUAGAUCUUUCUCCAGCAAGCUGGAUGUCCGUAGCGUGGUACCCGAUUUAUCAUAUACCAAUGGGAAGAACCAUUAAAGACUUAUCCACUUGUUUCCUCACUUACCACACCCUUUCUUCUUCUUUUCAAGAUAUGGAACCGGAAGAAAAUGGUGGGGAUAAGGAGAUGAUGCAGAAGGAAGGGGAAGACAUAACUCCGGUCCCGUUUGGGAUGGCUACUUACAAGAUGCAAGGCAAUGUUUGGCUUUCGCAUGAGCACGAUGACCAAGAGAGAUUGGCUUCGCUUUAUAGCGUUGCGGAUUCUUGGCUGAAACAGCUUAGGGUCCAACAUCAUGACUUCAACUACUUCUGCAGUAUGUCGAUGGCUCAUCGUGGCUAA